AGGGCACAGAAAUUACAACACCGACGAAGAGCGCCAAGGGCUGAAUACCCAACAGUACUCAUCCUCUGUCGAUGGCAAGGGGGGAAAUAAAGCUUCAACAUCCCAAAGUGUCAACCGUACCCGAGGAGGCAGACCAGACACCCAGCGCGCUUCUCCAAGAUGGGACGAGACAUCGGCCUACUUUGGACGAUACGGUUACCCGGCACUUGAUCCGGCGCCUGGUCAUUGUGGACAGUUAUGGCAAAUUUCUCAGUUUCAGUAUUUGCCUCUGCGUUUCUUAUAAUCUUUCUUAAUACAACUCUUACUCAUCUACAUCUUACUUUAGAAGAACCUUUUUGCUUUUUUUAGGCAUACAUCACAUGGAGUUAGUUUUUAGUGUUUCAGGGCCUUGUUCUACUCUACUUUCUUUCAUCAGAUUCUUCUGGUGCAUACCUGGACGAAUUGAUGGGUUUUGGCGGUAACAGCAUAGGCCCUUAUGAACAUGUAGGUGGCCGAAACGACGCUGAGUGGUUUGAAGGAGGUUGUGGCUUCGUCGUUGACGAGGCAGACGAGUACUGGGAUGGCCUCACAUUUGAGGACGCCAUG